GCAGAACACAGGGUGUCAGGGGCAAGGCGUUAUCAUAAUCUAUAAAAGUGCGACGGGUACUGCGCGCGCGCACAUUCACUCAUACGCGCGCGCUCGGUCCGCAUUGUUCGCGUUUCGCGUGUUUUUAGUUCUACACGUGAUUGACGGUGUUUCCAAAAUGACGUCCAAUGACUUCCGUCUGGAGCGGAACGUAGAACUAUCGAAAGAGACUAAAGCCAUCGCUGAAGAAGAGUUAAGAGAGACCCCAGAAAGAGUAAAGGAGGCUUUGGAAAGACUGAGAGAGUUGUUGAAAGAGAACAAAGACUUAUACUUUGGUGAUGAUGAUGAAAUCCUCACUAUAUUCCUGCGUCCCUGCAAGUGGUAUCCAGAGAGCGCAAUAGCCCUUAUGCGGCGUGUAGCUGAAUUUAGAAAAGAAAAUGCGUCUCUACUGGACGGGUUACUACCUGAACACGAAAUGCAAUCAUUCUUAGAACACAAAGUUGUGAACGUGCUGAAGGGACGUGACCACAAAGGAAGGAGAGUUCUAGUUGUCAAUGUUGGAGCCACCUGGGACCCGAAGAAGGUGACGGCGGACCAGCUCUUCAGGCUGUUUUACUUAAUCCACGAAGCCGCGAUGUUAGAACCAGAGACUCAAGUUCGAGGCACCGUCGUCAUCAUGGACUUCCACAAUAUGGGCUGGACUCAGACAUGGGGACUUACACCAAGCUUCUCGAAACGUCUCCUGACUUUCAUUCAGGAUGCGAUGCCUUUAAGGUUGAAGGAGGUCCACUUUGUCAAGGAACCAUUGCUCUUUAGUGCUGUAUGGAAGAUGUUCAAACCCUUCAUCAGAGAAAAACUAAAGAAUAGGAUAUACUUCCACGGCUCAAAGAUGUCUUCGCUCCACAAGCAAAUGGAACCAUCUCACUUACCUGCCGAUUACGGCGGCGAUCUGCCAGCUAUCAACUACUCUGGGGCUGAAUGGUACCCGGUCAUCAACGAAAUAUUACCGCAUAUACAUAACUGGAACUCCUAUGGUUUUGCUAAGGACUCCUAAAUUAGAAAUAGCUCUACUAAACAAGACCUGUAAUAAUAACGCGUUAACUAUAACACGCUUGAUUUUAAAUAUAUCUACAAUCUCAGCCAAUUAAUUUCAGCGCCAUCUAGUGGCCUCUUCUAAAAACAAUUUCUAUCUUCCUUUGGUAUAAUUAAAAUAGUGCCUGCUCUGUUACACAAUAAAUGUCUAUUUCAUUGUUAUAAUAUUUAUUAACGUCUUUUUGAUUUAAGAAUUUUGUGUUCGGCUAGUGUUGCUAUUUCUAUUUUGAAUACUGUCUUGGUUAGUAGUAUUGCCAUAACUAGGGGAUAUUAAAUUGUAGUUAGUCGAGUGUUGGUUAUAAAAUUAGUUCUAGGAUAAUCUUUUUUAAUUUCUCAGUACUUAUGGAGAUAGUACGAUUCUUGUAGUUUUCUAAGAUCAUUAAUAUAUAACGAAGCAUUUGUAGUUUAGGGAAUAUAGUUAUGUGAUUUAUUUGUACCUAAUUUUAUUAAAUGACCAAUAGAUAAGACUAAACAGGCAGCGAUGUGUAUUUGUAAAAGACAAUAAAAUUAUGUACAAAAUAUAUUUACUAAUAUAUUCGUUAAGUUGAAUUCCAUACAUUUUUUAUAUUUGUGAUUUUUGGACCAAUAUUCGUAGUAUCGUGAUUGUUGAAGACUGGAUAACAAAUGAAUUAUUGUGCCUUUAUUAUUAUUAAGAUGUGAUAUGAAAUCAUUGUUAUAUAAGUGUUUGAGCGAAUUUCAUGACAUGAUACAUUGUACUAAUGCUUUAAGCUUAUCUGGCUGUAAAUGGGCCCUAGACAAAUGUUUUAGCUUCAAGCGUGAUUCGCCAUUUGAAUUUCAAUGGUGGUCGUGUAAAAACUUACCCACACAAAAUAUUAUUUAAUGACAUUGGGUCAUACCUGUUGUAAAACAUUUCUUGGGUCACCAUCAGAUCAGGCUGUGACUCUAAAAUGCCAAUCACGGAAACAAAAAGUAUAAAAACCUCGCGUUAUCAAAAAUUAAAUCUAUUUAAUUAUUCAUGAAAGUCAUACCAGUACACCAUUUGCAUUUUAAUAUACAUAUUUAAAGCCUCCAUAUAGGCUUGAGACAAUAUCACUUUUCGAUAGGCGUGACCCACUAACGCCUGACGACAUUUCUAUGACAAUGGUCACGUGAUAAAGUGUCAUUCUCAUACAAAUGUAUUGUUAGUACGAUUUUCGAGAAGUAUCUUUGUCUUGCAAUGUAUGCUAUUCGGAACUUAAUUAUUUUAAUUUAUAAAAAAUGUUUCAUCACCGUUACUAAUGGUUGGUUUUUGUAUCUUUUAUGAGCAUUGUAUAAAAAAAAUUAUUAAAGUGAAAAUGUGACCAAAGUUAUUCUUAUAAAGAUUUGUUAUGUUUAUACGCAAUAGAUAAUGAAUUAGCAAUGCAAAAUCUGGUAACACCCCUGAUAAAUCAAUAAAUCUGUUUUAGCCUAUAGCUGUAUAUAAAAUAUCAAUAACCCAUAAUGAUAAGAUUAUAUCCUAUGUUUAGUAGAAUCUUGUAUUACUGGAUCCUAAAUAUUUCGUAGACGUGAUCCGCGAUUUAAAUUUGUAUACUGUUCACAAGCGUUAGUUGUUAUUGUCUAGAGCUAUUUUUGCCUAGAUAUUGGAGCAUGUUGUCCUUAUCUAACAUUAUUUGCAGAGUAUAAACAGCUCUUUUAUCUGCGGCUCAUUACAGAAUGCAUCGCUGAUUCCAUUAUCUAAGUAUUUUCUUUGAAUGUUUAGUGCUAAGAUCGAAGAUAUACCUGAGUUGCUCAACGUAGAUUGUUAUAGCAUACCAUAUGAAUUUUGAAAUAUAUGACAUUAAAAUUAAA